GAUGCUGUGUUUAAAGUGGGAGGCUUUGACACACCUGACAUUCUCCUCUCAGCUCUUCAGGACUCACCGUCUGUCUCGGAUUCCAUUUGUUGAAGAUGAAGCUUUGGAAAGCUCUGCUCCUGUUUGCAUCUGUAUCCACAGCGUAUGGAUUAAGAUGCUACGUGUGCACCCCCGCCGACCCCACACCAUGCACCCGAGUCUCAACUUGUCUAGAGCUCUUGGAUCGUUGUUUUACUUUGGACGUCGGUGGUCACAUCACCAAAGGUUGUCAAAGCCGUUUAACGUGUGCGGCGCCGUUUUCCUGCUGCCAGGGGGACUUGUGUAACGGUGCACUUCCUGUGGGUCCCAGCGUGCUCCUCCUGCUGCUGUCCUCAGCCAUCGUCUGCCUUUUCCUCUGAACACCGCAGACAUGUUACUGUGUCACUGCAUUUCACUGAUAGAAUCAAGUCAAACUAGUGCCUUUGAAACCAUUACAGCUUUAUUUGAUCAUC